UGCCAGCCAGGUUCCUCUGCUCCGGGCUCUUCCAUUCAGUGGAGAUACCUGUGCCAAAAAAAAUCAGAAACCAAGAGAUACCACUAGCAAACAAAGAGCCGAGCGGUUCGUUGUUUUUCUUGUGUGUUUUAAAACAACAGGCCGGUUCAAGCGGACGCUGACUGCUACCAAGUCAUGGAGACGUGUGGCAGCUCGCACAAGAAACAGAAGCUAAGUAACGCUGCUGAGAGCUGGGGAAUGCAACGUGCGACUAAUGUCACCUAUCAAGCUCAUCACGUCAGCCGAAACAAGCGAGGGCAGGUGGUGGGCACAAGAGGAGGGUUCAGAGGAUGCACCGUUUGGCUGAGUGGUUUGUCCGGUGCAGGGAAGACCACGGUGAGUAUGGCUCUGGAGGAGUACCUGGUGUGUCACGGCAUCCCCUGCUACACUUUGGAUGGAGACAACAUCCGUCAGGGGCUGAAUAAAAACCUAGGCUUCAGCCCAGAGGACCGUGAAGAGAACAUUAGGCGCAUUGCUGAGGUGGCGCGGCUUUUUGCUGAUGCUGGGCUGGUCUGCAUCGCCAGCUUCAUCUCUCCCUACAGCAGGGAUCGCCUCAAUGCCAGGAAGAUCCACGAGGCCGCGGGACUGCCUUUCUUUGAGGUGUUUGUGGACGCUCCGUUGGACGUCUGCGAGCAGAGGGAUGUUAAGGGGCUGUACAAGAGAGCCAGGGCGGGAGAGAUAAGAGGUUUCACUGGAAUUGACUCAGAGUAUGAGAAGCCAGAGGCUCCAGAGCUGGUGCUGAAGACCGAUUCCUGCAGUGUGAAUGAGUGCAUACAACAGCUUGUUGACCUGCUUCAAGAGAGGGAUAUAGUUCCAGUUGAUGCGUCUUAUGAAGUGAAAGAAUUGUACGUCCAGGAGAAUAAACUGGACCUGGCUAAGGCUGAUGCAGAGACUCUGCCUGCUGUCCAGAUUGGGAAGGUGGACAUGCAGUGGGUGCAGGUACUGGCUGAAGGCUGGGCCACUCCUUUGAAUGGCUUUAUGAGAGAGAGAGAGUAUUUGCAGUGUCUUCAUUUUGACUGUCUGCUGGAUGGCGGCGUCAUCAACCUGUCGGUGCCUGUGGUGCUGCCGGUAUCUACUGCAGAUAAAGAGCGUUUAGAUGGCGUGACAGCUAUGGCCCUGGUUUACGAGGGCAGACGAGUGGCCAUCCUGCGCAACCCAGAGUUUUAUGAACACCGCAAAGAAGAGCGAUGUGCUCGCCAGUGGGGCACCACCUGCAAGGAUCACCCCUACAUCAAGAUGGUGAUGGAAAGUGGGGACUGGCUGGUCGGAGGAGACCUGCAGGUUCUGGACAGGAUCUACUGGAACGAUGGACUGGAUCAGUACCGACUGACGCCCACUGAGCUCAAACAGAAGUUUAAAGAAAUGAAUGCAGAUGCUGUAUUUGCCUUCCAGCUCCGCAAUCCGGUCCACAACGGCCAUGCCCUUCUGAUGCAGGACACCCACAAGCGUCUCAUCGAGCGGGGCUACCGCAGGCCCGUUCUGCUGCUCCACCCACUGGGAGGUUGGACCAAGGAUGACGACGUGCCGCUGCCGUGGCGAAUGAAGCAACACGCUGCGGUGCUGGAGGAGGGCGUCCUGAAUCCAGACUCUACCAUCGUAGCUAUCUUUCCUUCACCCAUGAUGUAUGCCGGGCCAACUGAGGUUCAGUGGCAUUGCAGAGCUCGAAUGGUGGCCGGAGCCAACUUCUACAUUGUGGGCCGUGACCCCGCGGGCAUGCCCCACCCUGAGACCGGAAAGGACCUGUACGAACCCACUCACGGGGCCAAGGUCCUCACCAUGGCUCCAGGACUCAUCACCCUGGAGAUCGUACCCUUUAAAGUCGCCGCUUACAACAAGGUCAAAAGAGCAAUGGACUUUUACGAGCCCAAAAACCAUCAAGAUUAUGAUUUCAUCUCAGGCACACGUAUGCGUAAGAUGGCUCGUGAGGGAGAGAAUCCUCCUGAUGGCUUCAUGGCGCCGAAGGCUUGGGACGUACUGAAAGAAUACUAUAAGUCACUGGAGAAGGCCUAAAGGUUAAGGCUCAGAUGAAAAGAAAAAAAAGAGAAAAAAAUCAUGGAAACACAUUUGUUUCCUCUGGAAAAAAAAAUGACAAAUGUGGGGACCACUCAUCUACUAUCAAAAACCACAUCUGGCUUGACCUGUACACUCACAGUCUCAGUUGUUUUUAGUCUUUUCAUGUUUGUGUUCUAACUAUGUACUUAAAGUUACUAAUCUUACUUACUUCUUAUCUUACUGACGGUGAAACUUAGGAGAGGUCAGAGGUAAGAGAACGAGAAAAAAAUGUUUUUCCACGGUAAAUGUUUGUAACUGUAUAUUUAAAAAAAAAAGAACAAAAACAAAAAAAGUUCAGGAUGAAUGACCUGUACUGAAAGUACUGUUGACCAGUACUUAAAUAGGCGCAAAUGAAGUAUUUGUGAUGUCCAAAUUUAAAAAGUUACUGCACCUGCUAGAGUUCAUGUAACUCACUGCUGAAGAGCCAAAAGAUGCUUUGUACUGUGUGCUUGCAAGUGGCAGUGGUAAUUACUCAGAAUUUGGUGUACACAAGUAUUUAAUGUAAAAGUGGAGUGCCUUGGUCUUCAGAAAGUGAAUUCACAUGGUAUCUUGUUUGAAUUAGGCCACAGACACACACACACACACACACACACACACACGCGUGCUUCUUGUCCAGCUUGUCUUGAUGAAAUGAUCCAGAUAUGGCCUGCAACACACAUCGGCAUUUAAGAUGUUUUUAUUGGGAUAUGCGACCCUAACCUUCCUAAACCCAUAGGAAAAGCUUUUAACUUUUUUUUUGUUAUUUAGUCUAUUUAUUCUGUCCUAAUUCUGUAUUUUUUUCUCUUUAUAACUGUGUGGUACAUAUAGUUUUGUUGCUUGUCUCUCAGCAGUCUUGAUAUUUUGUUACAUUUUCACCCCCCCCCCCCAAUGGGUUUGCUAAUAUUUUCCAUGUGGUAAUUCAUUUUUAAGAGUUGGCCUGUAUAAACAAAUGGUUGAUGGUUACCAUCACGGGAUCAGAUUUGUAAUCUUCUUGUCCAAUAAACCAUUUUUAGCAAAAAGAA